UUUUCCUUUCCUCUAUAAUCUUCCUGCUUUCUUGUUAGACUUUUUAGUAGAGAAAGAAUGAAAGAAAGACUAUUGGGAAAUUCAACUGUUGAUGAGGAUGAGGCGAAGCCCAAAGAAGAUGUUCAUGGGCAUGGACAUGAUGAUGGCAACUCUGCUACUCCUGUUGUUGUUCUCAGCACCAUGGUCGCCGUCUGUGGAGCUCUUGCCAAUGGCUGCAUGUCUGGAUAUUCCUCACCUGCUCAAUCUGGAAUCAUGGAAGACUUGGGCCUCUCUAUUGCAGAUUACUCAGUUUUUGGUUCAAUAAUGACGCUUGGAGGUAUGGUAGGAGGACUAGUAAAUGGGAUAUUAGCCGAUCUCAUAGGACGCAAAGCUACAAUGUGGUUCUCUGAAGGAUUAAUCACUGCAGGUUGGCUUUCUAUAGCAUUUGGAAAGAAUGCUUGGUGGCUGGACCUUGGAAGAUUGUUACUUGGCUUUGGACAUAUGCUUAAUAGCUACACGGUACCUGUAUACAUAGCUGAAAUAGCCCCCAAGAGCAUUCGGGGAAGUCUUGCUUCUUCAAACCAGUUAAUGAUUUGUUUUGGGAUUUCUUUUAUGUACUUCAUUGGGAAUGUUGUUAGCUGGCGAACCUUGGCUAUUAUCGGCGUUCUUCCAGCUGUAUUGCAUAUUUUAGGAUUGUUCUUUGUUCCCGAAUCUCCAAGGUGGCUGGCAAAAGUCAGUAAACACAAAGAGCUUAAAGCUGCAUUACAGAGCCUUAGGGGGGAAAUUGCUGAUGUCUCUGGAGAAGCCGCUGAAAUUAUAGAAUAUACAGAGACUUCUCAGCAAAACUCAGAAAGGAUUCUAGAUUUAUUCCAGUGGAGACAUGCUCAUCCACUCAUUGUUGGAGUUGGGCUGGUGGUACUGCAACAACUUGGGGGGAACCACGCGAUUCUUUUCUACUCUAGCUCUAUUUUCUCGAAUGCUGGCUUUUCAAGUAGUGUUGGAACUAUUUCAAUGGCUACUAUCCAGUUGCCUGCUAUUGCACUGAGUGUUCUCAUGACUGAUAAAUGGGGAAGACGACCACUUCUAAUGUUUUCUGCAGCCGGAACAUGCUUGAGUUCCCUUCUUCUAGCCCUGUCAUUCUUAUUUCAGGGUUUCCAGAACAUGCACCACAUCACUCCCAUAUUAGUGUAUAUUGCAAUAAUGGGUUAUAGUAUAGCAUUUGUAAUGGGCAUGGCAGGAUUACCCUGGGUUAUAAUGUCAGAGAUAUUUCCUAUAAAUGUUAAGGGUUCGGCUGGAAGCCUUAUGACAUUGACAAGUUCCUUAUGUUCCUGGAUGGUUACCUAUAGUUUCAAUUUUUCUAUGGCGUGGAGCUCCUCAGGAACCUUUUUCAUAUAUGGAGCCAUCUGCGGCUUAACUGUUCUAUUCAUUGCAAAGCUUGUGCCGGAGACUAAAGGGCGAACGUUAGAAGAGAUACAAGCUUCAAUCACACACUCUAGUCCAUAUAAUUCAGAAACGUAGAAGUUGUUUAUUCUGGUUUGACUGUUGUGUGUGGUUGAAUGUAUAGUGUUAUAUUAUUUUAUAAUAUAAUGUAAUAUUAUAUUAUUUUAUAAUAUAAUGCUUUAGAUUAAAUAAAUGUGACAAAGAGUGUCACAUAUUGUAACAUAUAAUAGAGAGUUACAAUAUUUAGAUAUAUGAGAAAUAUCCAAAUAUGUAACAUAUUUGGUGUUACAAAUUCAGCUACAAAAUUGUAACCUCCAAAUAUUACCUUCUAUUGUGUAAAUUUGUUGUUACACAAUAUUGAGAUGAAUUUCUUAAAGUCAUAUGUGAAAUGGUUGUUAGA